CACCGGAAGUGAUACCUUGGCAACAACAGCAAGAAGACCACCAGGGAUCCCUGUUAUCCCUCUCUUACCCCAGGAGCCCAAAGAGGGAGGAUUACAACAUCAAGGAGAAAAUUAAAAGAAAAGGGGGAAAAAAGGAAAUCAACACACAAGCAAAUAGAAUGAUUAUCAACCUCUAGAGCAACAUAUUAUCUGCCAAGACUUCAGUCCACCCAUUUGAUGUCCUCAAAUGUCUGGAAAAUGACAGCUCUACUCCUUCCAAACAGUAAAGCAAAGUAUGAGGAUUCUACUUCCCAUUCAUUCAGACUUGCUACCGAGAGGCAACCUUGACAACGUAUACUGGUGGUUGCUGUUACAAGAUUUGGGGUGGUUAAACUCGAUUUCACAAUGCCUCGAUUGACUUUCAAAACCAAACAAGCCAAGACGUCCGGACAGAUUUUACGCACUGAGACAUUUAAGAAGUCUCUAAGGAUUCAAAACCAAGACUACCAGACCCUUGUAGAGAAGCAUUUGAAGUGUAAGCACUUAUUUGAAGAUGAUGCCUUUCCAGCAGAUUUAACAUCCAUUGGAAGUGAAAAUCUUUUACAGAAUCUUCCACCAUGUGUCACAUGGAAAAGGCCACAUGAACUGGUAAAGAAUCCUCAGUUCUUUGCUGAUAAUGUGAGCAGGUUCAAUUUACAUCAAGGACUCACACAAAACUGCUGGAUGUUGGCUGCCCUAUCAUCACUUACCUUGAACAAGGAUAUAUUAACCAAAGUUGUGCCUCAAAAGCAGAGUUUUCAGAAAAACUACACUGGGAUCUUCCAUUUCAAGUUCUGGCGUUUUGGUGAAUGGAUUGACGUGGUAGUGGAUGACCGCCUUCCUGUAGAUCAAAACGGCAAGCUCAUCUUUGUAUCGUGUGCCAAAAAGAAUUUGUUUUGGGGAGCACUCCUGGAGAAAGCCUAUGCUAAGCUAUGUGGCUCCUAUGAAGACACGCAAAUUGGUGAAGUAUCUGAAGCAUUAGUGGAUUUUACCGGUGGAGUGAACAUCACCAUAACAUUGUCCGAAGCCUCCGCAGAUCUCUGGAAUAUCAUGUUAAGGGCAGCAAACAGUGGGUCCUUAAUGGGAUGCCAGACUCACUCCGGACCUGAAAUGAUAAUGGAGAAUGGAUUAGUGGCAGGCCACGCGUAUGCUGUGACUGGAAUCAGAAAGGUACGGGUCUGGCUGUGA